UGGGACAGGAGCAGGUGUCAGGAAGGUUUUGCUUCCAACAGUGUAUGUGGCGCUCAUAGAGUAACCUGUUCCAUUCACAAUGGCAUAGUAUGAUUUUUCAAAACAAGAAGCAAGUAUUUGGUAAAUGAAUAUGCAUUGGGUUGUUGGUACCUGGUUAAUCACAUCUCUUCUUGGCCUUGGAAUGGGGAACACAUUAUUUGAAGGAUAUGACCGGACUCUGUCAGGUUAUCAUGUUUGUAAUAUGACUGAGUCUGUGUCAGAGACCCAUUUGAUCUCCUAUCCAACCUCGUACACCCAGAGGAAACCGUGUGGUGGCUGGCUGCCAUGGACAAUGUGUGAUGUCACAGUUUAUAAGACAGAAUACCGAACACAGGUGUAUGACAUGUCCAAACAGGUCAUGAAAUGCUGUCAUGGCUAUGAACAAGUUGGGACUUACUGUGCCUUGUCCGUGGACAGAAGUGCAGAAUUCACAUCCAAGCCAGGACGGUGUCCCCCAACAAGAGCAACAGGGUCUCUGUAUAAUAAUUCAAACUCCUCUGGCUCUGUGUGCAACUGGGACAUUGAUUGUCCUCAGUGGCAAAAAUGCUGCCUGAUCGAAAACACCUCCUCCAUCUCUCAGUGCGCAGACCCCAUGCCAUCAGUCAACAGAACCUGGUGCUUCAAUGUGACAAUAACAGUUAAGACAACCUAUGAGCUACUUACCAUGAACAAAGGACUUUUCAACCACUCUAGACUGCUGCACUCUGUGGUAACUGGCGCUCUGGGUAUUGAUCGAAUUUCUGUGCAUCAUGUCUGGUCAAAAUCGGCAGGGCCCUUCACAACCUCUUCCUCACUGCUGGUUUGUUCUUCUAAAGUUAUCUUACUACAAGACAUCUCUACAAAACUGUAUCUGCUGGGAAUCAUUGAGGAGGUGACUAAUUUGGUGGUGCAAGAUGUGGAUGAAUGUGCAGCUCCGCAGCUCAACAGUUGUUUUCCACAUGCAAACUGCACGAAUACAGUAGGGUCUUAUAUAUGCACCUGCCCUCCUGGGUAUCACGACCUCAGUCCUUCACAGCCAGGAACAAGGACCAAGAUCCAGUCAAGUGUUCUGUUUCUAAUCAGACCCCAGUGUCAAUACACAACCUCCACCACCAACCACCACCACCCCAUCCUGGACUACUCACUCUCAACCACCACCAACCACCGCCACCCCAUCCUGGACUACUCACUCUCAACCACCACCAACCACCACCACCCCAUCCUGGACUACUCACUCUCAACCACCACCAACCACCACCACCCCAUCCUGGACUACUCACUCUCAACCACCACCAACCACCGCCACCCCAUCCUGGACUACUCACUCUCAACCACCACCAACCACCACCACCCCAUCCUGGACUACUCACUCUCUACCACCACCAACCACCACCACCCCAUCCUGGACUACUCACUCUCAACCACCACCAACCACCACCACCCCAUCCUGGACUACUCACUCUCUACCACCACCAACCACCACCACCCCAUCCUGGACUACUCACUCUCUACCACCACCAACCACCACCACCCCAUCCUGGACUACUCACUCUCUACCACCACCAACCACCACCACCCCAUCCUGGACUACUCACUCUCUACCACCACCAACCACCACCACCCCAUCCUGGACUACUCACUCUCAACCACCACCAACCACCUCCACACCAUCCUGGACUACUCACUCUCAACCACCACCAACCACCUCCACACCAUCCUGGACUACUCACUCUCAACCACCACCAACCACCUCCACACCAUCCUGGACUACUCACUCUCAACCACCACCAACCACCACCACCCCAUCCUGGACUACUCACUCUCAACCACCACCAACCACCACCACCCCAUCCUGGACUACUCACUCUCUACCACCACCAACCACCACCACCCCAUCCUGGACUACUCACUCUCAACCACCACCAACCACCACCACCCCAUCCUGGACUACUCACUCUCUACCACCACCAACCACCACCACCCCAUCCUGGACUACUCACUCUCUACCACCACCAAACACCACCACCCCAUCCUGGACUACUCACUCUCUACCACCACCAACCACCACCACCCCAUCCUGGACUACUCACUCUCUACCACCACCAAACACCACCACCCCAUCCUGGACUACUCACUCUCUACCACCACCAACCACCACCACCCCAUCCUGGACUACUCACUCUUCACCAGCCAAACAUCUUCUACAUGUGACUCCACACCUGAGAUCAUCAGCAUCCUCUCUUAUAAUGUCACUGCAUCAUCCUUCCAUGUGGCAUGGACCACCAACAACCAGACCGGGGUCACCUUCCACCUGGUUCUCCUAAAUGGGAGCAAUGAGAUACAGAACUGGCAUGUGGAAAGCUAUAAUUGGACAUUCACAGACCUGAGUCCUGUGGUUCUUCAUACUGUACAUGUCACUCCAGUUGCCUGUGGUAAACAGGGAAACCCUGCAGAGAUCAAAGUGAGAACAGAUGGCCAGUCUCUUGGAGCUACAGCUCGCUUGAAAGGUGUGAAUUAUACAGAGGCCUUGAAAGACCCAACCAGUGAUGAAUAUAAGGAGUUCUGUGACAGUGUCAUAAAUGAGAUUCUUUUGUACUUGUCUCAAGGGAUACAUGCACUAGUCAUCUCUGGACAGGUCGUCAUCCAGAUAACAUCCCUCUCACCCGGCAGUGUAAUCGUGAACUUUUCCAUCAUAUUUCAACCCGACAGCAGCUUGAACAUAUUCAGCGUGUCCAGUGCUUUGAUGGGGUCUCUUCAGAACAGCUCCAUAUAUGUAGUAGACAGUAACAGUAUAUACAUAGCAGAUCCAGAUGAGUGUUUUCUGAAUAAGUCGGACUGCUCUCCAUGGGCUUACUGUAAUAACACUUUUGGCUCAUACAUCUGUGGCUGUUGGUCUGGAUACAAAGACUUGAAUCCCAGUAGACCAGGGCGCAGCUGUGAAGCUUCACCAACAACAGUGACUGUUCAUCCCACCACAAACUACCCUGGAGAUUCUACGGGCACUACAACAUCUUCCACCACCAUGUUUGGAAACCCAUCUAUGAGCAGUACAGUGAGCACAACUCAUGUUCAGCACAACACAACAAUGUCUUCAACUUCCACAGCUACUAACGGACCAACAACAGUGAUGACCAACAUUCCUGCAACAACACUUGCACCAAUGACACAGAACUCUGUCAAAACUACAACUUCAGGUUAUCAGAGACCAAACAAUCCAUCACAUUUGAUCUCCAAUGUAACUGUUCAGUGCAUCCCGGGGUAUGUAACAGUCGUUAUAAGGCAAGAUGUCUUGCACAACCAUUACAUCCAAGAGAGUUCCCUGUACCUCGGUAAACCAGAAUGUGGUCUCAGUGGGGUAAAUGCAUCCCAUGUGUGGCUCACUACAUCUUGGGAGAUGUGUGGUACUAAAGUAACGCAUAACGGCACCCAUAAUUUAGCUAAUGUGACUCUAUAUAACAGCAUGAGCAAUGUUUCUUCUGUGCGUCUGGAAAUUCCUGUCAUUUGCUCUUACCCCAGAGGCAUCCUCAUCUCCACGGGAUACGCCCCCUCAGGGUUUUUUGACAUGAUCAAUGACCCAGUGGCAGGAUCGGGGAGUUUCCAGGUUACUGUGCGGCUGCUGAAUGGGACGAUUCCUUUACCCGACGAUUACACCCUCUCCCCUGAUGAUGAAAUCAUUGUAGAGGUUGGGGUCAACACUACUAUCUCCCAAAUCAAAGUUGUCAUCGAAAAGUGCUGGGCCACUUCCAGCAGCGACUCUUCAGAGCUUCCCUACUAUCUGUUUCAGGAUAGUGGGUGUCUGGUGACAAACCCAUACACAGCUGUACUUCAGAACGGAAAUGACACUGUGGCUUUGCUAUCAGUGCAGAUAUUCAAAGUUGUAAAUCUCUACGUCAUCUACCUGCACUGCCAGAUCCAGAUCUGUGUUGAAAUUCAUGACGGCGCCUGCAGACCUGCUUGUACGAAGACAUACAGGUCUUCUAACGUAGGUGAAGGGACAAAGGCUUCCGUUGGACCCAUAAAGAGAAUACGCCCAAUCCAAACAGAAACAUCAAAUACUCUGCAGUCUGUUGGGUUUAUUCUGCUUGGUGUUGGUGUGUUUCUGUUUUCUCUGGCUGCCAUUGCAGGAUUGGUGUAUCAUAAAAGGAAAAUCGGCAACUACAACUUCCGUUGUAAACCACAGCAGGAGAACUUCACCUAUCAUGUUUUUGACACGUAACUGCACUCAAAUAGAAAAAAGUUGUAAACUGAUCAUUUUAUUAUUGGAUAUUAAUAAUAGGCACAGUAUAUAGAACAUUUAAUGGUUUAGAUGAAAGA